CAUUCUCGAAAAGAUAAGCCCAUCUUCUUGGUUUCUCUCUCUGACUCUCUCUCUCUAUAAAAGCAGACCCCACCGGUGAGAUUCUCUCCGACGGCUUCGGAAUAUCUAUUGAUUCGUCCAGGAGACGGAGAGAGGGAGAGAGGAAGAGAUUCAUGGCUAAUGAAAGUAUCAGACUCCGACUGGUCUCCGUGUUCUUGCUUCUAGGGCUUGUAUCGUGCUUUAGCUUGCGUGGUGUCUCUGCAGUAAGUCUUUCCAAGCUGAAGCUGAACUCGCGGAUUCUUCAGGAUGAGAUUGUGAAGCAAGUAAAUGAAAACCCGAAUGCCGGAUGGAAAGCUGCCAUCAAUGACCGGUUUUCCAAUGCCACCGUUGCAGAAUUUAAACGCCUCCUCGGGGUGAAACCGACACCAAAGAAGGAACUUUUGGGUGUGCCUAUCGUCAGCCAUGACAGAUCCUUGAAGCUGCCAAAAGAAUUUGAUGCAAGAACUGCUUGGCCUCAGUGCACCACCAUCGGAAGGAUCUUGGAUCAGGGUCAUUGUGGUUCUUGCUGGGCAUUUGCUGCAGUUGAAUCGCUAUCAGACAGAUUCUGUAUCCAUUUUGGCAUGAAUGUUCCAUUAUCGGUUAACGAUCUCUUAGCAUGCUGUGGGUUCCUCUGCGGUGAUGGCUGUGAUGGUGGAUACCCCAUUUCUGCCUGGCAGUACUUUAAGUACCGGGGUGUUGUCACAGAAGAGUGUGACCCGUACUUUGACAAUACUGGCUGUUCUCACCCGGGUUGUGAACCGGCGUAUCAAACCCCAGAAUGCGUGAGGAAAUGCGUUGACGGGAACCAGCUGUGGAAUGAAUCGAAACACUUUAGUGUUAGUGCUUACAAAAUCAAUUCUGACCCACAAGAUUUAAUGGCAGAAGUUUACAAGAACGGGCCUGUUGAGGUCGACUUUACCGUUUAUGAGGAUUUUGCACAUUACAAGUCUGGUGUUUACAAGCACAUAACGGGCGGUAACAUUGGAGGACACGCAGUUAAGCUUAUCGGCUGGGGAACCUCGGAGGAAGGUGAAGAUUACUGGCUUAUGGCAAACCAAUGGAACAGAGGGUGGGGUGAAGAAGGAUACUUCAAGAUCAGGAGAGGGACGAACGAGUGCGGAAUAGAGGAGGAUGCAGUGGCGGGUUUGCCUUCGAGCAAGAAUCUCGCUCGGGAAAUCGCUGGUUCGGAUCAUCUUUGGGUUGCAUCGGCUUAAAACGACGACGUGAUUCAGAAUGGUUCCUUUUUGAUCCCCUGAAAAGGAAAACGCCUCCUGUUAGUAUAUUAUACGUUAUACAUUAUCAUGGCUUCUGGUUCUUGCUGUUGUAUCUCGAACUCUUGUCUGUGGGGUUUUGCUACUGGAAUAAAAGACCUCGUUUAAGUUU